GGAAACAUAUAAAAGUAUGACGAUCUUUAGAAUAAGAAAAAUGAGCUUUAUGCGCGUCUGGACGUUUCCCGUAAUAGUGGCCGUGGUGUGCGCGCAAAGUGUCAAUGAUCCAAGCAAUAUGUCAAUCGUAAAAGAAACUGUUGAUAGACUAUUGAAAGGAUAUGACAUUCGCUUGAGGCCAGAUUUUGGAGGUCCUCCGGUGGGUGUAGGCAUGAAUAUAGAUAUAGCCAGCAUAGACAUGGUGUCAGAAGUGAAUAUGGACUACACACUGACUAUGUAUUUCCAGCAAGCAUGGCGAGACAAGCGUCUGUCCUACUCCGAGAUUCCUCUAAACCUGACGCUGGAUAACAGAGUAGCCGAUCAGCUGUGGGUGCCGGACACGUACUUCCUGAACGACAAGAAAUCUUUCGUUCACGGUGUUACGGUGAAGAACAGAAUGAUUCGCCUCCAUCCAGACGGCACUGUGCUUUAUGGCCUCAGGAUCACGACCACUGCAGCCUGCAUGAUGGACCUGCGCAGAUACCCGCUGGACGAGCAGAACUGUACACUGGAGAUAGAGAGCUAUGGCUACACCACGGAUGAUAUUGAGUUUUACUGGCGAGGUGGAGACAAUGCAGUAACAGGAGUUGAGAGGAUAGAGCUGCCACAGUUCUCCAUCGUCGACUACAAACUCAUCUCAAAGAAUGUGGUAUUCUCUACAGGUUCCUACCCUCGUCUUUCCCUGAGCUUCAAGCUUAAGAGAAACAUUGGCUACUUCAUUCUGCAGACCUACAUGCCUUCCAUCCUGAUCACUAUCCUGUCCUGGGUAUCAUUUUGGAUCAACUAUGAUGCCUCUGCUGCCAGGGUUGCUUUAGGAAUCACAACUGUACUCACUAUGACCACCAUCAAUACACACUUGCGGGAAACUCUUCCAAAGAUCCCAUACGUCAAAGCCAUCGACAUGUACCUGAUGGGCUGUUUUGUCUUCGUUUUCCUGGCUCUUCUGGAGUAUGCGCUGGUCAACUACAUCUUCUUCGGCAGGGGUCCCCAGCGGCAGAAGAAAGCAGCAGAGAAAGUCACCACAGCAAACAAUGAGAAAAUGAGAAUGGACCCCAACAAAUGGUUGAUGGGAAAUGUAGUUGAGAGAGACGAUACUCUAUAUGCCAGAAUGAAACAGAGGGAUAUUGACGUGCAUGACUCCAUGUGGGAACCGAUCUUUGUGGACGAUGCAGCAUUAGGACUAGGUGAUUCAAAAAAUAAGAUGGACCCCCAUGAAAAUAUUCUUCUGAGUCCUCUGGAGAUCAAGAACGACAUGGGCGCGUCAGAGUUAACCCUGGGUUUGGGCGACCCCCGAGCAACCAUGCUAGCUUAUGACAGCACCACGCUGCAGUAUCGCAAAGCCGGCCUGGCCAGACACAACUUUGGACGCAAUGUGCUGGAACGUCAUGUUGUUCAGAAGAAGAGCCGACUACGACGGCGUGCUUCACAGCUCAAAAUUACCAUCCCCGAUUUAGCUGAUGUGAAUUCAAUCGACAAGUGGUCGAGAAUGAUCUUCCCCACCGUAUUUUCUUUCUUUAACGUCAUCUAUUGGCUUUACUACGUCAACUAA